AUGACACAGCCCCUGUCGAUUGAACCCGACAACGCGCUAAAGCGGAAGAGGGGUCACGACGUGGAUGAUCAAGAUGUGAACUUGACAGAUCAGCCCGCGAACGCGCCUGGGAAGCCCGACACAGCUUUUGAGGUCGGCUCACACCGAAGCGCGAACUUGACUGCAUCUGACACAGAAAAUGCCAAGGACAAUCCAAAAAGGGGCCAUCAGCCAAAAAAGACCACGGCCACAAGUUCUAAGCCUACAGCGCCUAAGAAGAGGACGCCGGUCGCCCCGUGGCCUGAUGAUUUUAAGCGCCUGUCACAGACUCACCGCGCGCUGAAUCUCGUGUAUACGUUUUGCUGCACGCGAAAGCACUUCGCCACCACUUUUGACAAUAUUAAGAAAGCUGUCCAAGCGCAGCUUGGCCAGGGCCAGGAAUUAACGGUUGAAGAUAUUGCGAGAGUACGAGUGCUUGUGCCACAGGCGAUUCGGUUCGAGUAUGUCGAUGAGGCUAAGCUGGAAGUGAUGACGGUCGGAGACAAAGAUAUUGCCGAUUAUGGAAGAAACCAAAGGAGACAGACUUGGACGGCGGAAACCAUGGAGGAUCCUAAUGCAAAUCAACCCGGAAACCUCGAGGUCUCGAAAGACAUCUUGUUCUUUGAGUUUGUGGACGGCGACCUCAAAAGAGAGGUAUCACACCCUAAAACUGGAGAGCCUUCAAAGCCGUUCCGCCGUAUGAAGGACGAAGACUUGAAGAUGCCAGUGUACAGCCAAAAACAAAUGCUGAAACUCAUCGAAAAACGCAAUACGAAAUUUUCUGAGGCUAUUGACGCCUUCUUGGUUCGCUGUGAAGAUGAAAUGAUUGAUCCGGCUCUAUUGCUAGACCAAGAGAAGAAUACAUUUAUACCGACGCCUCCCGGUAGCAGUGUCAACACGCCAGCCAAUGCCGCAAAGCCUCCUCCAUCAAUCCCAAAGGAGCGCAAGUCCAUUGCUGAGAUCAUAGCUGAAAUACGCGAGAUGGAAUGGUACCAUGCCCAGAUUGUCCCGGAAGGACACCGAGUAUUCGAAGCCCAGAACCCUGUUUAUGGAGACUUGACGUUCCAGCUAUCACAAAACCUUGUCAACGCCCUGUACAACACAAAAGGAAUCACGCAGCUCUAUUCUCACCAAGCUCAGGCAAUAAACCAUCUAUAUGAUGGUCAUGACGUGAUCAUCUCAACUUCCACAAGCUCUGGCAAGUCGCUCAUCUACCAGAUCCCAAUGCUUCAUGAGCUUGAGCAAGAUCCGGACAGCAGAGGAAUACGAAGUAUGCUGGAACUCCUACAGUAUAUGAAUGGCCUGGAGAGCACUAUGGUAGAGACAUUCGACGGCGAUACGGCGAUGGGAAGUCGCAACCUCAUUCGUGAUGAAGCACGCAUUAUAUUCACCAACCCAGACAUGCUUCACAUCACGAUCCUGCCCCAGGAGAGUGCCUGGCGGACAUUUUUGAAGAACCUCAAGUUUGUGGUUGUAGAUGAGCUGCAUGUCUACAAUGGCUUGUUUGGGUCUCACGUCGCUUUCAUCAUGCGCCGACUCCGUCGUAUCUGCGCAGCUGUUGGUAAUCGGCAUGUGAAAUUCAUAUCUUGCUCUGCCACAGUUGCAAAUCCUGAAGAGCAUAUGAAAUCCGUUUUCGGCAUACAAAAUGUGAAGUUAGUGGACUUCGACGGCUCUCCGUCCGGCCGUAAAGAGUUCAUCUGCUGGAACACCCCUUUCAAAGACCCAGCAGAUCCGACCUCUGGGCGCGGAGAUACGGUCUCUGAAACUGCACGUCUUUUCUGCCAAUUGCUGCUUCGGAGUGUGAGGGUCAUAGCAUUUUGCCGGAUCAGAAAGCUGUGUGAAGUCCUCCUCCAGGCAGUGCGUACCGAAUUCCAGGCCCUCGAACGACCAGAAGUUGGUAAGAUGGUCAUGGGAUACCGCGGCGGGUAUAGCCCUCAAGACCGCCGUCAAAUCGAGAAAGAGAUGUUUGAAGGCAAGCUAAUGGGCAUUGUCGCAACCAACGCCCUAGAACUCGGCGUUGAUAUUGGAUCAUUGGAUGCCGUUGUUACUCUGGGCUUCCCAUACUCAAUCUCCAACUUACGCCAACAAAGCGGUCGUGCUGGACGACGCAACAAGGACUCACUCUCAGUCCUUGUAGGAGACCGAUAUCCAACAGACCAACACUACAUGCAGAAUCCAGACGAGAUCUUCACACGCCCCAAUUGUGCUCUACAGAUUGACUUGGACAAUGAGCUCAUCCUAGAAGGCCACAUCCAAUGCGCAGCAUUCGAAAUGCCCAUCCGCCCAGACGAAGAUCACAUCUACUUCGGCGAGAGGCUUUUCACCAUCACCGCAACCCGCCUUAUUAAAGACAGCAUGGGCUUCUACCACUGCCACGGACGCUUUCGCCCUCAGCCAUCCCGCUGCGUCUCCAUCCGUGACACAGAAGACCACCACUUCGCCGUGAUCGACACAACCAACAACCGCAACGUCGUCCUCGAAGAAGUAGAGGCCUCCCGCGCCUUCUUUACCAUCUAUGAAGGCGGCAUCUUCCUUCACCAAGGCCAAACCUACCUGGUCCAAGAACUCAACCCUGAGAAAUACUUUGCCCGGGUCCUCCGCGUCCACGUCGACUGGAACACGAUGCAGCGUGACUUCACCGACAUCGACCCGAUCGAGACGGAAGCAAUGCGCCCGGUUAGCACCGAGCCGAAUCCCUGCUGCGCCUUCUUCGGUGCCGUCCAAAUCCACGCAGUCGUCUACGGAUUCUUCAAAGUCGACAAGCGCGGCCGCGUCCUCGAUGCUGUACAGGUCGACAACCCGCCGAUCGAAAUUCUGACCAAGGCAUGUGGCUCGACGCUCAACAUUGCCGCCGCCAUCCACGCCGCCGAGCAUGCCGUGCUCUCUCUCCUUCCUUCCUUCGUGAUCUCCUCGCCCGGCGACGUCCGCACAGAGUGCAAGGUCGCGAAGAAAGAACUCGGCCGCUCGUUGCGCCGCGCGAACGAUUCCGGCAAGGACCUGGAGAGAGUCCUCCAGCCACCGUCGCGGCAGCGGCCGGCGCGACUGACGUUCUACGAUGCGAAGGGCGGAGCGUGUGGCUCCGGCAUCGCGAGCAAGGCGUUCGAGUUCAUCGGGCUGUUGCUUCGGCGGGCGGUGGCGCGGAUCGAGGCGUGUUCGUGUCUUGCGCCGCAGGGAUGUGUCGAGUGCGUGUGUGACGAGCGGUGUAAGGAGAUGAAUGUUGUUAUGAGUAAGGCCGGCGCUGGGGUGAUUCUGCGAUGUCUGCUUGGUUGGGAGGUAGACGUCGAUGCUUUACCGUGGGGCGAAGACGUCGAGGGGAAUGAGUAUGGAGUUGGUGGCGCUGGGGAAUUGGCCGGUGGGUUGGAGACGGUUAUCAGGGCUGGAGAAGUGCCCUGGAAGGCUGGCUGUAACCCGGAUGAGAGGUCGAGAACUUAG